UCAAGAUAAAAUGACUCGCGAGCGCGACCAGCUCAGAUGCGCAUCUGCCGUGGACGCGCAUCGCUGUAUGAAGCAACAGGCGGUAAAGCGCUAAGGGAAGAAAGCCUGUGCUGAAAAUUGAAGCUUCGAUUACCUUGCAUCCAGCUCCAGUGUGAACAAACUACAUCCCUAACUUGAUUUAGUCUCAUAGGACAGCAUCACGCGCAGGACGCGUGCGGUGGAUACCUUUACGCGCGGCGACAGUUGUGUUAAUGGCUCGAGAGGCAAGAGGAAAUAGGGCGGUCAAAGUGUGACGGUUAACAGCGACUGUUUCACUCUUAUUACUCAGCCCUUUCUGUCUCUUGCAUGAGUGAGUUAGCGCAGCUCCCGGCUCAGGACACGCAUGCUUGAGAAGACCUCCGCGCACUUAAUGCCCGCUUUGGUGAUGCCAUGCCCCGGAACCACAGCGGAGACGAAGGCGGCACCGGGCUCUGGAUGAGGACAUCGCCUGGGCACCGUACCGAAGGCUACGGCUUGAAAGAUGUGGAAUCCGGCCGAAAGAUGAUGAACAACGCGGGAGACGGUUUGCUGUCAGCCUCCGCCGCAGCAGGUGCUGCUGGGUCCGACAGCCUGCGGGGCAAGCAGGGUGCCCGGCUCAGCCUGCUGGGUAAGCCGCUCAUAUACAGCGCGCAGAGCGGCCGGAGGAACGUGCGCUACCGGCGGCUUCAAAACUACCUGUACAACGUGCUAGAGAGACCGAGAGCCUGGGCGUUCAUCUACCAUGCGUUUGUGUUCAUCCUGGUCUUCAGCUGCCUGGUCCUCUCUGUGUUCUCAACAAUCCCCACUCAUCAGGACUUCUCCUCUUACUGUCUCCUCAUCCUGGAGUUCGUGAUGAUCGUGGUCUUUGGGUUAGAGUACAUCAUCCGUAUCUGGUCAGCAGGAUGCUGCUGUCGCUACAGAGGAUGGCAGGGACGCCUCCGCUUCGCCCGCAAGCCCUUUUGCGUCAUUGACACCAUAGUGCUGAUAGCUUCGGUGGCGGUGGUGUCGGCUGGAAGCCAGGGCAACAUCUUCGCCACCUCCGUCCUUCGGAGCCUUCGUUUCCUGCAGAUCCUCCGCAUGGUACGGAUGGACCGGAGAGGAGGAACCUGGAAGCUGCUGGGCUCUGUAGUCUAUGCUCACAGCAAGGAGCUGGUAACCGCCUGGUACAUUGGCUUCUUGGUUCUCAUCUUCUCUUCAUUCCUCGUCUACCUUGUGGAGACCAAGUCGAACAAGGAUUUUGCAACCUACGCUGAUGCCUUGUGGUGGGGCACGAUUACAUUGACAACAAUUGGCUAUGGAGACAAAACACCAAAGACAUGGACAGGACGGAUGCUGUCUGCAGGGUUUGCUCUCCUUGGUAUCUCCUUCUUUGCUUUGCCAGCAGGUAUUCUGGGAUCAGGUUUUGCCCUGAAAGUUCAGGAGCAGCACAGACAGAAGCACUUUGAGAAAAGAAGGAACCCAGCAGCCUACCUCAUCCAGUGUGUUUGGCGUAGUUAUGCGGCUGAUGAGAACUCGGUUUCCAUUGCUACCUGGAAGCCUCACUUGAAGGCGCUGCAUACCUGCAGCCCUACAAAGAAGGAGCAGGGCGAGUCGACCACAAGUCAGAAGUUGAGCUUCAAAGAAAGGGUGAGGUUGGCGAGCCCUCGAGGCCAAAGCAUCAAGAACAGGCAGUCCUCCUCUGUGAACGACAGGCGCUCUCCGGUGGCAGAGACUGGAGCAGAGGGCACCAGUCCAGCCAAGGUGCAGAAGAGCUGGAGCUUCAACGACCGUACGCGCUUCAGACCCUCACUCCGCCUUAAGAGCCAGUCGCGCUCCACCACUGAUGCAGACUCUAACAUGGCCGUCGAGGAUGGUGUUGAUGAGAAGGGCUGUCACUGUGAGAUCUCAGUAGAGGACCUGUUGCCUUCAGUCAAAUCUGUCAUCAGAGCCGUCAGGAUAAUGAAAUUCCAUGUGGCAAAGAAGAAAUUUAAGGAAACGUUGCGUCCUUAUGAUGUCAAAGAUGUGAUUGAGCAAUAUUCUGCUGGUCACCUGGACAUGCUGUGUCGCAUCAAGAGCCUGCAGACCAGGCUGGACAUGAUAGUAGGCCCACAGACCCUGAGCAGCCGAGCCAAGACCUUUUCCACCCCCUCCCUGCCUGUUUAUUACAGCCAGGGCAGAAAGAACUCCACACAGGGAGUGGACCAAAUCCUUGGUAGAGGCCAGAUCCCUCUGGAUAAGAAGAUUCGGGAGAAGCUCCUGUCGGAUGGAGAUAUUCUAGAGGACAUGAGCAUGCUGGGUCGCGUCUGUAAGGUGGAGCGGCAGGUCCAGUCGAUUGAGUCAAAGCUUGACUCCCUGCUCGACAUCUAUCGUCAGGUUUUGCGUAAAGGUUCAUCUUCAGCUCUCACGCUCUCCUCUCUGCCCCUGUUCGAACUGGACCAAACCUCUGACUACCACUCCCCUGUCUUCAGCAAGGACCUGUCCUGCUCCACCCAAGUCAGCAGCAGUGGAGCACCCCCCUCUAGUGGCUGUGUCACACGCUCCUCCACCAACCCCCAUCUUUCAAAGGGAGGACUCCAUCUAAUCCUUGCACCACCCAAUGAGCUCAACCUUAAUCUAAAUGCCUCCUCUUCAACGCCCCCCUCCAACCUCGCAUCCUCCCCUUUCAGCCCAUCCCCUCUGCCUCACCCUCACCAUCACCAUCACCACCACCACCACCAUCAUCCACAUUUUCCCCGCCAUCAUCACAGCCAGGCCCAAGCCACCACACCUGAAAGUGGCACAGAGGAGGCUGUAGGAAGCUCUUCCCCGCUCCUCACCCCAAAUAGUAUCAGCAGCAGUGGUGGCGGUGGAGGAGUAGCAGAUGGAGGGUUUCCUCUUCUGGCAAGACUUCCACCACCACCCCCUCCAAGCCGAAGUGGGCACCCUCUGGUGCCACCAGCCCUGGGUUGCUGCUCUGGCCCCAACAAGAUGGACCGUAGCUUGGGCAAAUCCAUGUCAGUGCAGGACCUGAUGCAGGCAGCUCCAGGAGCUGUUCAGGACGCCCACCACAGCCACAGUCUCUCAUCCCCGAGCCCCAGUACAAGCAGUGACUCCCCCAUCGGCUUCCACAGCAGCAGCCAAGACCCUGGGGGAGGAGGGGGUGGUGGGGUUAAUAUAAGCAGGAGUGGUGGAGUUGGAUGGGGUGAGGAGGACCUCUUUAUCAGUGACAGGGAGAUGGAGACACAGGGAUUUGACUUCCUGUCACUGGGGACUGCAGAGACCCCUGUCUACUCCUUAGAGCUCCAGAGGACAGGGAGCAGACCAGGGGCAGGGUCCCGGGGCUCUAACAGUAGCCUGGCCAGUGGCCAUGCGUCUCCCCCCUCUGCUGGCAGCACCGAAUUGCUGAACAUGCCACAUGUACGGCUAAAAUAAACUUGCCUACCAGUUCAGAAGGCACGCAAAUUUCACCUCACAAAGACAGUUUUUAUCCUUUUUGGAGGGGAGAGGGAGGGUGGGUGUUUAACAAGGGGUCCUAUUUUGUUUACUUUUAUGUUGAUCCAUUUGAUAAAAAUCACAGUAUUUUCAUACAGGCUGAUCACAUGUGGCAUAUCAUUGCAUGAGUUACUUUUUGUUUCUUAGUAUGAUUGAGGAAUACAAAAUAAAAGAUGAAGGCUUGCAUAACGGACACAAAGAUAACUGAGAAAUGGUUGCAAACCAAACUUUGUCCUGAAAGACGGUUGGUAAAUAUGAGACCUUGAGACACAGCAUGAGCAUUGCAUGUUUUUAGUCACAGAUACUGAGAAAUGCAAGAAGGAGUUCACACUUAAAAAA